GCAACUUUAAGUGUAUACUGAACUGGUCCAUGCAUUAGAUGAUCUAACAAAUAAGGGAGUGGGAGUAUGAAGAAGUCUGUUUACAUAGUCAUGGUCUUGCUAUCCUUAAAAUAUACUGAAAGCUAAGCAAAUGUAUUGAGAAAUACAUGUAGUUACUUAACUCUGUACAUGUACAUACUCAACCUUCCAAUGUGGUUUAGAAAUGAAAUUCAAUUUGCUAUAUAUAUAUUUUAACAAUCAGUAGAUGUUUUCACUGACAUCAAUGCUUCUUGUUAACAUUACAGUCUAAUUUGUGUGAAAUCUUUUUUGCUCUUUCAGAUAAAAUUCAUAACAAUUUUUGUGCAAAGUCAUUGGGACAUGAUGAGGCAUUAAACCAAUUGUUGAAUCCACUGUGAAGAUUUUCUGGUGGGCUGCAGUGACAAAAAUAAGGGUUUAAUGUAUCUAAUGUUAGUAACACAAUACAUGUAGCUUGGUCUAAUUUUAUUUUUUAAUAAAAUGAAAAUGGAUUGAUUUAGAGACCACAAUAAUUGGAUAAUCAUCGAUGUGUUAAUCCAUUAGAAUUUAUCUUCAGACCAAUAACAACAAUAGUCAAUAAUCACAAUAGCAGUACCUUUUCUGUUUCUGUUAAAGUAACUCCUAUAGGAACUCAGCAAUACCAUACCUUUCCAGGAUUUGUAGUUCAUUGCACCCAACUGAAACGUCAUUGAACUUAAUAGCAUUCACAAAAAAUUUGCUACCAGUGUAUCAAAAAUGCAACUUGUAGUCUGAUGACCACAAAUAUAUUUGAUAUACUUAGUUAAGAGGUUCUUAUUAUAAGUAUAUUUGCCUCCCAAAUUGAGUAUGACGAGUGUACUACAUGUAGAUUAACAUGUUACGUGGUGUGAAAUCAUAGACCCCAUGAGGAAUGUAGAUAAUGUACAAUAGCUUUUAAUAUCUCAUUGGUAAUAUUCACAUUAUGAUCUGUGAUAUUUGCUAAAAGUUUUCUUUUUCCCUUUUUUUUCAGGAAGAGAAGGCAAAGGUUGGGAAGAAACCAGGCAUGUGGACUGUUUAUCUUAAAGUGUAUGGAAGGAGAAACUUCUGGGCAGCUCUUAUCAAAUUGGUUGGUGAUUGUAUGGGAUAUAUUGGACCUCUUGCAGUAGGAGGGAUUACACUUUAUGUCCAGAAUAUCACCACGGGCAAUGAACCAAAGAACAUUGGUUUCAUCACAUUCUCAAACUUCUUUGCGAAUGGUUUUGUCUUGGUGGGAGUUAUGUUCUUUGCAGCAUCUGUUAAGUUCUUGUGUCUUCAAACCCAUUACCAUUGGGUCAUCUUGGAGAGUAUGCAUAUUAGGACAGCUAUUCAGACCAUGGUUUAUGAGAAGUCACUUCGUCUGUCUACCUAUGCCACAACUGGUGGGAUGAUGACUAUGGGACAGAUUACCAAUCACAUGUCCACAGAUGCCAUGUCACUUCUCUUCUGCUUUCAAAUGAUGCAUUACUGUUGGUCUAUUCCUCUUCAGAUCACUAUUACAUUAGUGUUGCUGUACCAACAACUUGGGGUAUCUGCAUUGCUUGGGUCUGCAGUGUUUGUUGUCUUGCUACCAUUCCAGAUGAAGAUUGCUAGUCUCAUGUCCAAACUCCAAAAGACAACCCUUCACUAUUCUGACACUCGUCUAAAGUUGUCCAAUGAGAUGUUGCAGGGUAUCAAACUCUUGAAGUUGUAUGGAUGGGAGGAACUUUACUGUAGUGCUAUUGAGGCAGUGAGAACCAAUGAACUGUGGGCUAUGUUUAAGAUCAAUGGCAAUCUUGUUGCUACAAUCUUUAUAACAUCAACUGGACCCAUUCUUGUGACACUUGUAUCAUUUGGAACCUACACCCUCUUCACUGGCAAACCUCUCCUUCCUGAUGUGGCUUUUGCCUCACUCUCUUUCUUCAAUCAACUCACCAUACCACUGUUCUUAUUGCCUAUGACCCUUGCUAUCAUGGUCAAUGCAGUGGUCAGUUCCAACCGUUUGCUCAACUUCUUCCUAGCCCCUGAAGUGGAGACUGCUGCUACUGCUGAUGUGCUAAGGGAGGAUACGCACUGUGAUGGUGACGAAAAUGGCCAGGUUCCUGCUGUUGGUUUCCGACAACCUUCGACCAGUGAGAAAUCAUCACUGCUGCAGAAUGAAGAUACAUCACACAAAUAUGGAUACGGAUCAGUAGAUCGCCUGUCAAGGUCAGAGGUGGCACCCAGUCCAAUCCCUGAUGACGUAGCUGUUAAGCUUGUGAAUGCGAGUUUUACAUGGGAUUCAGAUAGCAACCUUCCUAUCAUAUCUAGAGCUAAUGUGGAGAUCCCAGCAGGUAAACUAACAAUGGUAGUUGGUCAAGUGGGAAGUGGAAAGUCAUCACUUAUUUCAGCUAUUCUUGGGGAGAUGACAACAAUGAGUGGAAGUGUUAUGUUUGGCAGUAAGAGUAGCAUUGCUUAUGCUGCCCAGAAAGCCUGGCUGCUCAAUGCAUCCCUCAAAGACAACAUCAUAUUCAACAAUGAGUUUGAUAACAGACGAUACCGUAAGGUGCUCAAGUCAUGUGCAUUAGAACCAGACAUUGAGAUCCUUCCUGGAGGGGAUCAAACAGAGAUUGGUGAAAAGGGUAUCAAUCUCAGCGGAGGUCAAAAACAGAGGGUCAGCGUUGGAAGAGCAAUGUACUCCAACAGAGAUAUCAUCAUCCUGUACAUCAUACCUGAAGCCACAGUAGACCCCUUCAAGUUCUCGUUCUAUCCAAGAACGAUAAGGAACUGGAACAACCUACCCAGCUCAGCUGCCAACACCAAAGGAAUGUCCAGUUUCAAGGAGGCUGCUCUCCCUGCCAUCAGAAUGAUGCAGCCCCCUAUUGGAUCCCAUAUGAUUUAA